CGUCAACAAAGGGAGGAACAAAACAAAGGAUGGAUAAAUUUCUCCCCAAAAAUGUCUAAUUUGUCGUUAUUCUAACUCGAUUUUCUCAACAAAUAACAUAUAACGAGAGUACCAGGCAACGAUAAAGGAAUGAAGGAUGGCAUCAACACGGAAACCUGUUGGAAUAAAUUUCGACAAAAUGCUACAGAGUUUAAAAGACGAUAUCCAAGGCAUGGUUGACGAUUACGAAGAGACAAAUCUGCCGAUAAACGAUGACAAUGAGAAGUUACGGAGGUUCUGCGAGAGGCUUGAGUUUUUGCUUAAGUUUGGUCUGAAAGAACGCAGCCUGGUCCUAGGGGGGCGGAAGGACCUGUGGCCGUACCUCUGCCGCUGCCUCGAGGAACGCAGGAAUAUCCAGGAGGGAAUCACACUCGUCAAAGCCAAUAAGGAGCUCAAAACCAACACUGGCCGCCACAGAUACUUCCUCCGUUACUGUCUCUUGCAAUGCUGUCUCGCGGACGUGUUGCAACAGUGCAUUGCGGACGAGGCCUCAACCUUGCAGUUCUAUGACACUGGGUCACUGCUGUUGCAACCGCACUUUGCAAAUGACCUCGUGACCUCCCUUUACGUACUCUCCGACCUGACCUUUGACCUUGCUUUGGCCUCCUCAAGUCACGAUUUGGAUGUUUCGUGGCCAGCUUAUGCAAGAGUGGGCGGGGCUUCCCCUUGGUCCCGCCCUCCCAGCCGAACUUGGUCACUGUCCUCCCUCUGUACUCGUUGUCAUGUCAAUGGCCAUUUGAAUGGUUCGAUGGUACCUGGUGGAGAUAUGAGAGACUUGACAUCACCGUCUUCCCCAGUGACGUCCCAUGAUUCUCCCGUGGUGUCACCAUGCUCGCCUGUGAAGUCACCGUUGUUGUUUGCAACCGCAGAGGAGGACGGUGUUACAGUGGUUGUGUCAGCUUGGCAAUGA